AUGUCACAGCUUCUUCACCUUCAUCGUCUCUCCCUCCCACAAUCUUCUCUUCGUCUCAGAUUCUCGCCUCUACCUUCCUUACAUCGCCGCCGUGAAACUCCGUCGCUGAAACCAUCUGCCAACUGUCCCCUCUCCUUCACUGAAUCCACCGUGCUUCGUCCUCUCACAGUUGCCAAAUCUCGGAUAGCUUGCAGAUUCAGCAAAUCCGACAUUACGCCACAAUUUGAGGUGAGUAAAGCAGAAGAGAAGCGGAAACCACAAAAGCAGGCCAAUGGCAUAUUUUGGAUCAUACUUAUCAAUCUUGGCAUUUAUGUGGCAGAUCACUUCUUUCAGGUUCCCAGUAUCAAAGCUCUCUACUUGUAUCACAAUUUUCCGGAGUGGUACCAGUUUGUGACUGCAACGUUCUGUCAUGCUAACUGGAACCAUCUCUCCAGCAAUCUUUUUUUCUUGUACAUCUUUGGAAAGCUAGUUGAAGAAGAAGAAGGAAAUUUUGGAUUGUGGCUUUCUUACAUUGUCACUGGCGUUGGAGCUAACCUGGUUUCUUGGUUAGUUUUACCGAGAAAUGCAGUCUCUGUUGGAGCCUCGGGAGCUGUUUUUGGGUUAUUUGCUAUCAGCGUCCUCGUCAAGAUGUCUUGGGACUGGAGGAAAAUCCUUGAAGUUCUUAUAUUGGGUCAGUUCGUUAUUGAGAGGGUAAUGGAAGCAGCUCAGGCUUCAGCUGGAUUAUCAGGAACUAUAUAUGGUGGCUAUUCUUUGCAGACUGUUAAUCACAUUGCGCAUCUCUCCGGUGCUCUUGUUGGUGUUGUCUUAGUUUGGCUUCUCAGCAAAUUUCCCUCGGGACCUACGGAUCAAGAGGUUAAAUAA